CCAGCCAGCGGAUUUCUUGGAUCCAUUGGACCGCAGCUGAUUCUAGCACUAUGUCUGAGCAGUUUAUCAGACACAUCCAACUACUGGGUUUUGAGAAAAGAUACUUUCCCAGCCAGCACUAUGUAUAUAUGUUUUUAAUAAAAUGGAAUGAUCUAAAAGAAAAGGUUGUGUACAGAAAAUAUACAGACAUCUAUGAGUUCCAUAAAGCAUUGAAAGAAAUGUUUCCUAUCGAAUCUGGAGAAAUAAAUAAGGAACACAGGAUUAUUCCUCAUCUACCAGCUCCAAAGUGGUUUGAUGGCCUUAGAUCCACAGAAAACAGACAGGUAACGUUGGCGGAUUACUGCUUGUCUUUGCUUAAUCUUCCUUCCAAGAUCUCCCGAUGCCCUCACGUUCUCAAUUUCUUUAAAGUCAGACCAGAGGAUGUAAACCCUGCAUCCAAUAACAAUGGUCGAAAACCCGAGACGUUUUUAUUAAACACUGAACUUACAAAACAAACAAAUGUGUCAGAUAUCACAGGUCCUAUUGUUCUGCAGUCAUAUCGAUUGAUCGCAGACUAUGAAAAGAAUUCCAAGAGCGAACUAGGGGUGAAAGCUGGUGACGUGGUGGAUGUGGUGGAAAAAAAUGAAAAUGGCUGGUGGUUCUGUCAGCUGAAAAACAAACGGGGCUGGGUUCCAGCUGCCUAUCUUGAACCUCUUGAUAGCCCAGAUGAAUCAGAAGAGCAGGAACCCAACUAUGCUGGUGAUUUACACAUCUCCACAAAAGCAUAUUCAGCAAUUAUGGAAGAUGAACUGACUGUUGAAGAGGGUGAAACUGUUGAAGUUAUCCAUAAGCUCCUAGAUGGAUGGUGGGUUGUCAGGAAGGGUAGCAUUACUGGUUAUUUCCCUGCAAUAUAUCUGCAGAAAUCUGGGCAAGCACCACCUGCAGAUGGCAACCAGACUACAAAAAAAAGUUUGCCCCCACGAAGGUCCACGAUUUCAAACGCAAACAGUAUCCACAAACAACAUCGUAAACAGAUUAGCCAAGAAACCUACAGGAGGAAUAGCAAGAAGUACCUAAACGAGCGACAGUCCAAAACUGAAUCCAUGAUCAUCGCCACAAUUGAUGAAGACAAAGAUUUGGAAAGUCCUUCUAAAGCUCAGCCUGCCAUCCCACCAAGACCAAGUAGGGACCUUAUCCUGGAUCGCUGUUCAGAUAGGACAAAGUGCAAGGUCCAAACUGUGAACUGAGCAAGCCUGGAAUCCCAAGGAACAUCCAGGAUCCAAAGCAGCGUUGUAACCCAUUAAGCAACAAAUUGUUUUUAAUAAAUAAGUGCAUUCUCAAAUCUACAGCUAGCUAUGGGUGUUCUGAAAUAAAAGCAGUAUUCCAUUACAUUUAUUAUUUGAAUGUGAAGAAGUAACACUGUAGUGUUGUGCAUUACUGUGUACACAAUUUUUCCUGAGCUUAAUUUGGAUGAUCUACAUAUGGUGUUGUUGAUAUUUAAGUAAACAUGUAGUGACCUUUUUUUUUAAAAUGCUUUAACUACUCAUUCCUGAUGUCAUAACUCUUCCUGAUGCCAUAACUCUUCAGAAUUCAAAAAACUCUUUUCUCUUUUGUAUGUAUGUAUACAUAUGUGUAUGUUUUUUAAAUUUCAUUAUUAAACGUGACUGAAAUACAA